CUUAUCAGUCUUACCCAGCUGUGUCUCCAGAAGCCCUGUCACUGGUGCCAGAACGGACAAUUCCUCUACACCCAUUAAACAGAGAAGACAUCCAUUAUAUUGAGUGUGCGUGUGCUGGUAUGAAGCGUGCACUCCACGUCCUGCUCUCUGUCCUCUAUGCGCUGCAAGUGGACCCGGUCGAGGCCAGGAUGGCGUGUCCAAGGCUCUGUUCCUGUGCCGACGACAUGGUGGACUGCAGCGGCCGCGGCCUGACCGUCGCCACCCUGCCGUCGGCCUUUCCGCCGGGCGCCGCGGAGCUUCGGCUCCACAGCAAUCGCCUGACGGCGCUGCCCGCUGGGCUGCUGGAUGGCGCGCGGGACCUGCGCCGGGUCACUCUGCACGACAACCCGUGGGCUUGCGACUGCGCCGUGCUCUAUCUGCGGGCCUGGCUGCUGAAACAGACCGACAAUGCCCUGAUAAAGAAUGUGAGUUGCAAUUCUCCACCCAGCCUGCGGGGGAGGCUAGUUGUUUACCUGGCUGAGGAGGAGGUGCUUAACUCCUGUCGCUACUGGCUGUGUGACCUGGCCUUGGCCUCGCAGAUUAGCUUGUUCUUCUUCAUUGUAGUGCAGGCGCUCCUCUUAGCCGUCAUCAUACACUUCCUCCGCCGCUUCAACCGGCUCACCUGCGAGGUGAAGGCUUCGGCCGCUGAGGGCCCCGCAGCCAGUGCCUCGGGAGUCAGCGAGUAUACCGCGCUGAAGGACGGCAGUUAUUGAGGAGUGUUGGCUGAGAAAUCUCCAGACAGUGAGAGAAAAGAAGAGUCGCAGGUUACGGGCAAGCGGGUUUCAUUUUUGUUGUUGUUGUUGUUGUUAUUUUCCUUACCGGAUUAAUGAAAUUCUUAGUGUUUGUAAGCUCUAUGUCACUGUUCAGUUUCAUCUGUAAGGUGUUCGACUUUGCUCUACUGUGUAUAAAAAUAAUUUUAAAUCCACCCUUUCAUAAUUAUGCAAUAAGGUGUUUAUAGCACCACCACUUCAAUGUUUGGUUACAUCAUUGUUUUAUGUAGUGUUUUCCACUAAACAAGCCACUUCGACUUGCAUUAACAGCUUCCAUUGUCAUGUCAUAAAUUUAUUUUUGUUUUGGUCUUUUGUAAUUAUACUUAUAUCGGUAACGGUGAAAUCCAUUUCUAGUUGUUUUAGUGAAAUAAAUGUAUGUAAAUAUA